AUGGAUGAAGUUUGGAGUAGUAAUGACACAUUAGUGCGAUACAAUAGUCCUGUUAUAAUUACUAGACGAAGUGAUAGGAAAAGCGAUAAAAAGGUAUUUCGAUGUCCAAAUGUAAAAUACAAAGAAUUUAUUUAAAUUAUUUAUGUAUAUAUGAAGGAAUUGAAAAAAGGUGCAGGUGAUUCAGCUAUAUCAGAUUCAAAGGAAAGUGAAGAAAUUUUAAAUUCAAUUUUACCACCAAAAUGUUGGGAACAGGAUGGACAAUUAUGGACUCAAACUGUUUCUACAACUCCUGGAACUCGUCAAGAUGUAAUAAACUUGCAAGAAAUGUUAGACACAAGAUUACAACAAAGUCAAGCUCGUGAAACUGGAAUUUGCCCAAUUAGAAGGGAGUUGUAUUCACAAUGUUUUGAUGAAUUGAUUCGGCAAGUGACCAUCAAUUGCACAGAAAGAGGACUUCUUUUGCUUCGAGUGCGAGACGAAAUUAGCAUGUCCAUACAAUCGUAUGAAACGCUAUAUUGUAGCUCUGUUGCAUUUGGUAUGAGAAAAGUAUUGCAAGCUCAAGAAGAGAAGGAAUCACUACGAAAUAGAAUAAAAAGCUUAGAAACUGAAAAAAAUUCAUUGGAGGAAGUUAUAAAUGAUAUUAAAGUUAAAACAGAGCAAUCAGAAAGACGAAAUGCUGAAUUAAGGGCGGCUGAAGAAAAAAAAUUUUCAGAAGAAAUCGCUUUUCUAAAAAAAACCAACUCCCAAUUAAAAGCACAAUUAGAAGGAAUUACGGUACCGAAAAAAUAAUUAAUUGUAAUUUACUUGUGAUCUUUAUAAAAAAAUAAACUUUUGUUUUUGAAUGUAAAUCUAAUUGGGCUUUAUUUUAAUUUAAAUUUUAUUAGUUUAAUCAUU